CUGUAUUCCAUUCUCGACCUUUUUUUUUUUCCUCCAAAUAGCCUAGUUUCCUAGGGGCAAUUGCAGGGAUUUAUCUGUGAAAGUUUUGGAUUUUGGUAAUUAAAAUCAGGGUGAAUCCGAGUUGUUUCAAUCGGUCAGAUAUUGGUAUUGAUUUUUCUGAUCAGAUCGAAUCCUAAAUCGCCGGUGUUUGUGCGUGGGUGACGUAAUCGGUGCGUUCAGGAAAUACCAAUUUCUCAAGCAACAUUUGCAGGUCAAAACUGAAAGGAACCGAAAAGCUCUGAUCCUGGGUUUUGUCUUUCUUCAAUCAUAAUCACAACAAAAAAUCGAGUUUUUUUCCUGGGUGCUAUCAGAAUCAGAAGAAAAUCGAUUUUUGAUUUCUGGGUACUAUCAAGAUCACAUUAAAAAUGGUAAUUUGAUUUCUGGGAAUUUCCUAGAAUUCAUUUUCUCGAUCUAAUCCGGGAAUUCAUUUUCUCGAUCGGGUUCCGAUUAUGGCUACGAAUUCUGGUACCCUUGAUCAGUGGAGAAAUUACUUUCGAACUGCGAAUUCGGAUAUUUUUGGCAUCAUUGAGCAUGCAAUCCUUGUGGCGGCUUCCGAUUGUCCGAAGGAGUUCAGGCUCCGGAGAGAUCGAAUUGCCGAGAAGCUGUUUUCCUGUAAAUUAACGCGGUGUUUCGGUUGCGAUCGAGUCGAGUUGGCGGUACCUGAAAAUGAUGGAGGAGGUUGUAAGAGUGAAUUUGAUAUAGAUGCAUGUCAAUUUGAGGCUGGGGGUAGUGGGAGCAAAGAAAGCAAGGUUAAUAGUAGUAGCAAAGAAAGCAAGGCAAAUAGUAUUAGAGAGGAUCAUGGAGAAAUGAACAUGAACCAGGUUAGCAAUUAUAGCUAUGGAGAAGCUGAGGCAUUGACUGAUGAGAUUGAAGAAGAGACUCAAAUUGCCGGGGAAGUGUUGAGGAUCAGGGAGAUUCUCGAAAACAGUAAAGAUGAGUCUGAUUCGGUAUUGUUCGAUUCAUUGAGGAGACUUCAGUUGAUGGUGCUGUCUGUGGAUAAUCUUAAGGCGACUGAGAUUGGAAAGGCGGUUAAUGGUCUCCGAAAACACGGAUCAAAGCAGAUUCGUCAACUCGCGCGUACACUCAUAGAUGAAUGGAAGGAUAUGGUAGAUGAGUGGGUCAAUGCAACAGCUGCUAUUGCAGAAGGUACUCCAGACUCCGUGAACCCAUCUGUUGUUGAUGAUGAUGAUGAUGAAGAAGGGCUUCCUUUUCCUCCAAUGGAUGAACUAUCUUUCCUCACAACUCAGCCUACUUCACUAGAGCUAUCUCAGUUCUUUGAUGGCAUGGAUGAUGAUGGAAAUCCAAGAAACAAUGGGGAGUUCAACAGGAACCGUGAAAAUGGAAGAAAGCCAUCAUUGGAGAACCAAAAUAUUUCAAAGCGGAAACAGCAGCUUCCUGAUGAAGCAAAUGGUGUUACCAAGGACAAGGGUCAACAAAUAAAGAAGCAAGAACCUGUUGUAAAAUCAAAUAAGCCCAUAAAUACUCCAUCUGGGUUUGGGAGACCACAAGAAAUUUUAGUGAGGCCAAAUAAGCCCUCAAACACCGACUCUGGACCUGGGAGACCUCCAAAACCUGGUGUAGGACAGAAGGUUAAUAAUGAAACCAAGUUCUUGCAGAAAUCAGAUAGGCUUGCCAUCCAAAGGAAACCAGUGGUUGGUCAACAAGAUAAGUCUAAGUCUUCAGAGGAAGACACAAUCCAAGUGAAACUUGAGGCUGCCAAGAGGAAACUGCAUGAACGUUACCAACAAGCUGAGGAUGCCAAGAGGCAGCGGACAAUACAGGUUAUGGAGUUGCAAGAUCUCCCAAAGCAGGGCCUUGGCCAUAGAAAUCCACAUAUACAUGGAAAUAACAACAGGCAUUGGGCAAAUGGACGGCGCUAGGUUCUCUAGUGAUGCAGACUGGGUUCAAUGACUUUUCAAGUUGCUUCCAUUUUUGAAGCAGUGGAACAA